GUGUUAAUAACAAACAAAGCAGUUAAGAUGAUACCUAACUGUUUGGGGGGGAAAAAGGAAAGAGAUAAAUAGUCCAAGUGACAAAACAGCAUGUUUUUUAUUUAGGGUAGAGCACAUUCCAGAGACAAAAGCAAGGUGCCAGUCCUUUAAUAGAGUUGCAGCUAGUUUCAAGCAUUACUUGAUUUAUCAGUAUGUGUACAGACACACAAACAUACAUAUUUUGCUAGUACAAAAUGCUUUCUCUUGAAUACUUGUCAUUUUGGCUUGAUGGAAGUGAAAAUUGGUUCAUUCCCAGGUGCUUCUAUUUGGAAGGUCAGUUUCUUCAGGACUUCCAGUCCACUUCCAGGGAGGGGAAGGUAACAAAAUCUAGGUAAAAGAAAGAUUUAAUUUGUGUGUAUCUUAAAAAAAUAAACUGAGGAAUUUCUGUAUUUCUUACCUAUAUGGAAGAUUUAAAAAUUAUGAAUCUGGAAUCCUGCAAAGUUAAGUAAUUGGAUUACUUUCUGACAUCUGUGUAGUAUUUCUACCUGUUAGUGAGCCAGCCCACUGAGGGACAACAAAGAUAACAUUUCUAUAACACAAGGCAGCACCCAGCCGAGUACAGUAUUUCAGAAUAUGAACCAUUGUAAGAGAAGAAAAAAGAAUAUAUUCUGGAAGAUAAGUUGAAGGAUAGUCCAUUAGUAGCAGUGCAGUUUUCAGUAGCCUGUGUAGGAGAAUCGAAGUUCUGCAUUUCUUGCAGGUGAGAUGGUCUGUUAUGGAUCUUGCUUUCAUCAUUCCCCUUUUUCUUUCUUGGUCCAUAGGGACAUCCAUGUACCUCAUGACUGCAGAGCAGGAAGGAGGAUGUGGCAAACAGGCAAGGGACUGAUGAACAAGGGUAUUGCAGAGCUGCUGCUGGAUCAGAUCUGAAACAGAUUUUUUCAAAUGCAAUAGGCACUGUAUUUGCAAGCGUUACUAUUUAUUUUCCUGGGCUGUCACAAAAGCAGCAGAGGGCGCUGAGCCAACGGACACCGCCUGAUAUGGGUCUCUUCCUCCUUGCUCUGGAUUUUCCCGUCCAGGGAUUUCCCACUCUGCACCAAGGAGAGCCUUUAUAAAGAGCAAGCUGGAGCUCUUGGAAUAAACUGUGGCAGAGCAGCAAGAUCUCACAGUGCUUCUUCACAGAAAAUAGAAAGUAAACUUUUGAAUUUACUUUCUUUAUCUAGUAACAGCAAUUAUAAAUGUUUAAAGAGAUGGGAAGAACAAGCCAGGCUGUGCUAGUAAUUUUGUGUGUGUUAAGAACUGUUAAAGCUUUUGAAAUGGAAAUUAUACCUGCUGAGAGAAUUGUGGCACAGAUUGGAGGCACACUCGUACUCACAUGCAAUACUACUGGCUGUGCAUCACCAAGUUUUUCCUGGAGAACACAGAUGGACAGCCCCCUUGGAGGAAAAGUCAGCAGCCACAGGACAUAUUCUACAUUGACUAUGAAUCCAGUUAGCAUUGUGAAUUCUCAUUCUUAUCUUUGUACUGUCAUAUGUGAUGAGGGAGGGAAAAAGGAGAAGAGUGUCAAAGUUGAACUUUACUCUUUCCCCAGUGAUCCUAUCAUUGAGAUCAGCCCAUCCUUAGUUGCUGGAAAACCAGCCACUGUCACCUGUAAAAUUCCUGAUGUGUAUCCUUCUGAUCACCUGGAAGUUCUGCUAAAGAAAGAUGAACACGUUCUUCAUGAGAAAUAUUUUUUGGAAGAUGACAGCACAAAUACAGAGACCAAAACUGUGACAUAUACAUUUCAUCCCACGGCUGAAGAUGCUGGGAAAGAGAUUACCUGUGUGGCCAGAUUACCAAUUGCUGAUAUGGAUUUUGAACCCAAAGAAAGAACAUCUUCUCAGAAACUUAAUGCAAAUUUUGGUCCACAAAAUACUGUCAUUACUGCAUCUCCAGACAGCUCACCAAUGGAAGGAGACUCUCUGAACCUCACUUGUGUGACUCAGAGUAACCCACCAGCACAAAUAGUUUGGAGUAAAUAUUUGGCUGAAGAAAGCAUUCAGCGUCUGAUAAAAAACAAUGUUCUUUCUAUUCCCCGUGUCCAUUUCAAUGAUUCAGGACGGUACAUCUGUGAAGUAAUUAAUCUGGUAACUAACAAAACAGAGAAAGCAACUGUGGACAUUAUUAUACAAGGUGCUCCAGUCAUUACAAAACUGUCAAUUGAACCUUCUGCAACAGUUCAGGAAGGAGAAAAUGUUUCUAUACAAUGUUCUGCUGAAAGUAACCCUCCUCCCAAGAUUAUUUUAAGGAGAAAAUUUGAUAAUGCAAAUGCAGGGCAUUACAGUGCCAGGAGUAUUCUUCUUCCAUCUGUGAUGUUCCAAAAUGGAGGAGACUAUGAAUGUGUAGCACAAAAUAAGUAUGGGAACAGUAAAAGUGAAAUCACGCUUAAUGUGAAAUAUGGACCAAAGAAUACAAUGAUCACUGUUUUCCCUACUGCUGCUCUUAAAGAAGGAGAAACUGUAACAAUGAAAUGUACUAGUUCUGGUAAUCCAGCUCCUGUGAUCUCCUGGAACAAAAAGAAGGCCACCGGGGAGUCUGAGAAAAUUUCAGAAAAUGCAACUAUAACUAUACGGAACUUGAAAAGCCAAGAUCUGGGGCUUUAUGAAUGUGAAGCCUAUAAUCAAUUUGGCAAGGAAGAAAAAGCUGUGAAGUUAUAUGUUCAAGCAAGAUUGGAAGAACCAGAUCAGAUGAUACCACUGAUUAUUGCAUUCUCAUCUGUAGCAGCAGUAGCAGUACCUGCAGUUGCAAUUUUGAUCUACGUGUCAAGACAAGCAAAAAUCAAUGGAUCCUACAGUCUUGUAAAAGCACUCAGGUUGAAAGUUUGAUCAUGUGAAUAUAAGUCUUUAGUUGAUAAUAAGCACAUUUAUUUAUUGCUGUGACUGGUUCUACUCUUCUGUAACAUGGUAACAAACAAGUGACUUAAGAACAGUACCAUGUAAUAGCAAAUGGGCUUAUUUUCAUGUUUUGAUAAGUGUUUUGGUAUUUAAAUUAAAGGAAGAGCUAGAAUCCUGACCUAGAAAUUGGUAAAUCAUUCAUCUGUGUUGAAGCAUUCUGAACAAAGAGUUCUGUGAAGAACUAGGUUUGUACAUAGUGUAUAAUUUGUGUUAUAAAUAUGUUCAACUAAAUAUCAGUUUGUAAAACUGAAGUCUUAUUGCAACUGUACAGAGAAAUUUUGUUAAUUCAAAUAUAUACAUCAAUAUUGCUUGAGCUGAUCAGGUGAUUUUUAUUUUGUAUUACUCUGCAGCAUGAAUGUUUUUUAAUAUAAUUUAUCUGGUUGUGGUAAUUUUUGGAAAAUGUUCUCUUUUCACUGAUAUUGCCAUAAACUCUGUACCUUCAGUGAAGUUACAUAAUCACUGGGCUAUGCAUUUCUAACAAAUUUAAACUAAUUUAAGCCUUUGAGGCUCAUUUGCAAAACUUUUAAUUGUAAAUAUUAUUCAAAAAAUGUCUGGGGUUAUAAUCCUGUAAGUUCUAGUACUGCUAAGGUAUUCUUGCUGGCUUCAAUCAUUCUCAGAUCAAUGUCAGAAUUCCGUUAUUUUGUGAUGAGCCAAAUCAGACUUUCUUGUAAAAUAUAAUGGCAUUGUAAAUAUGCUUUACAGAUUUCCACUGCAAAAUAAAACUACCAGUAGAUUUCUUUGACUAAA